CUAUAGUGUGAGUUGGAUCGGGGAUACUUGGUCUCCUCUCCUCCCGUCAAAAUCUCCACUCUAAACCCAACCGUUCCACAGAGAACACAUACACAACCCUUUAUCAGAAUGAGAGAAAUCGUCCACCUGCAAGCCGGCCAGUGCGGCAACCAGAUCGGAGCCAAGUUUUGGGAAAUCAUCUCCGACGAGCAUGGAAUUGACCCUACCGGAGCUUAUGUCGGAACCUCAGACCUUCAGCUGGAAAGGAUCGAGGUUUAUUACAACGAGGCCCAAGGACUGUCCCCCGAGGCUAAAGCACGUGGAGAAAAAUUGGUUUCCGGAGGAAAAUUUGUGCCGCGUAGUAUUCUCGUUGAUCUUGAGCCAGGAACCAUGGACAGUGUACGAAGUGGACCUUAUGGAGGAAUCUUUAGACCUGACAACUUCGUGUUCGGACAGAGUGGAGCGGGAAACAACUGGGCCAAGGGUCAUUACACAGAAGGAGCUGAGCUGGUGGACUCCGUCCUGGACGUGGUGAGGAAGGAGGCCGAGGGAUGUGAUUGUCUCCAGGGUUUCCAGCUCACACACUCCCUAGGAGGUGGAACUGGAUCAGGACUAGGAACACUUCUUAUCUCCAAGAUCAGAGAAGAGUACCCGGACAGGAUUAUGAACACCUACUCCGUAGUUCCUUCUCCUAAGGUUUCCGAUACCGUUGUUGAACCCUACAAUGCAACCUUGUCUGUUCAUCAACUGGUGGAGAAUACAGAUGAAACAUAUUGUAUUGAUAACGAAGCUUUAUACGAUAUCUGCUUCAGGACCCUGAAGCUGGCUACCCCCACCUAUGGAGAUCUGAAUCAUCUUGUUUCUCUAACUAUGUCCGGUGUCACCACAUGUCUCAGGUUCCCCGGUCAAUUGAACGCUGAUCUGAGGAAGCUGGCGGUCAACAUGGUUCCCUUCCCUCGUCUUCACUUCUUUAUGCCCGGGUUUGCCCCCCUCACUGCCCGAGGAUCCCAGCAGUAUAGACCUCUCAGUGUUCCUGAGCUCACACAGCAGAUGUUCGACGCAAAGAACAUGAUGGCUGCUUGUGAUCCUAGGCAUGGAAGAUAUCUUACAGUUGCUGCCGUGUUCCGUGGUCGUAUGUCCAUGAAGGAGGUCGAUGAGCAGAUGUUGAAUGUCCAGAACAAGAACAGCAGCUACUUCGUCGAAUGGAUCCCGAACAACGUUAAGACCGCAGUUUGUGAUAUCCCACCCAGAGGACUCAAGAUGGCCUCAACCUUCGUUGGUAACUCCACCGCUAUCCAGGAGAUCUUCAAGAGGAUCUCCGAGCAGUUCACCGCUAUGUUCAGGAGGAAGGCUUUCCUCCAUUGGUACACCGGGGAGGGUAUGGACGAGAUGGAGUUUACCGAAGCUGAGUCCAACAUGAACGACCUGGUGUCCGAGUACCAACAGUAUCAGGAGGCUACUGCUGAUAUCGAGGAGGAAUUUGACGACGAGGCUGAACACGACAUGGAGUAGACGAUACGAGUACAAUAACAUGUACCUAGAGUUUAUGUACAUAUUCACUCAUGUACUGCAAACAGCAACAUUUUUUGGUUGGUUGUGUAUGCUUGCAUACACGAUUUUAACCAUGUUGUUCUUGUACGCUGUAUGCAGUACAUUUGUUGAUGUACAAUAAACUUUUUAUGUACACAAGGAACUUUGAUGUUUCCGUACACCUUGAGACACUAAGCUCCUAAAUCAACUUGAUAGCACGGAGCAUGUCCGUUCUGUCUAGUUGAGACAAAUUUGCACCCGGAGCACAGAUGUUUAAAACCCAAUCUUGCUCCGGUAUCUAGAAUUUAAGGAUCAAACCUGGGCUUCUCAUAACCUAAUGAUAAGUGUGUUUACUAAUAUGUGAUAUUAACCCCCGUAAUAAAAAGAUCGACAUCAAUAAAAAGACAAUAUGUGUAUCAAUUAUGUAAUUAAGAUGAGUAAUAAUCUAGUUAAUGACUCAAAACUGGAUCAAAUAAAUAAAAUAUUGGCUCUA